AGUUUGGCGGUGAAUGAAGUUAGUCAGCUGUCAUUUUAUUCAAAUGGUAGCUAUUUUUUCCUUUUUGUCGUUUGUAGAAAAAAUAAGUUGCUUUCUAUCUUUCUGAAUUGUGUGAAAUCUUAUUUUUCAAAAUCGUGCCAUGUGGAUGUAAAAAGCAAAAUGGCGCAAAAUCUUCAAAAGAAACCUUCAAAAGGCAUUCUGAAGACAUCAAGAAGUAUUGAUGGGCAUGAAGGCACGCCUUCCACGAGCAAAAGGCCAAAGGAGCAAAGAUUCGACGAAAUGAAUAUAAUGGAGACAUUCCACCCGCCAAACAAAGAUUAUGGGCAUAUGAAAGUAGAUGAGCCAAAGACUCCUUACUCUGAGGCUGUUGAUGGCGACUUAGAGCCGGGUGAUGAAUUAGAUGCUAAUAUUUUAGCGGCAAAGUUAGCAGCAAGUAUGAACAAGCCUCCUAAAUGCUUAGAUACGUGUGAUAGUGAUGAAGACAUGGAGGAACCAGAGGAGGUUCGAAAACAUCGAUUGGAAUUUGAGAAGAAACGAAAGAUCCAUUACAAUGAAUUUCAGGCUCUGCAACUUGCUCGGCAAUUGAUGGCACAAGAGGAGGAUGAAGAAGAUGAUAGUGACCAGGCAGCUACUUGACUGCAGCAGUCCUUGAUACUUGUACAUAACAUUUAUUAUGGCUUCAAGCUGAUCACACAUUUUCUAAUUAAACUAGGCAAAAAAUGGGCAUAGUGACCAAUAUAAAAUGGUAUCUAAUUUUCGGGGUUGCAAUAUCAUGAAAUUUUGUUUUAGAAUAUUAUCAGUGAAACAACUUAAUACAAAGCUUAACUAAUUUUACCAGUGUCCAAAAGUAAAUCUUAAAGAAGCAGUUAACCCUCUUAAUUCCUACAGUAUUUAAAGCUUAGAUUGUAGUUUAAAUUAUUAAUAAAAUCACUUUAUUUUAUAUUGGAUAGUUUACAUAUAGAUUUGUGUCAGGAAUGUGCCAACAAGAUUAGUCUGUCAUCGGAUGAGUAGGUAAACUAGGUUGUAAUUAUGUGAUUGUAAAAUGUUAAAUCUAUUGCAAAUAGAUUGUCGAGUGUUCACAUUAAAAUAUUGAGUCUAUAUAAAUUAUUUUCAUAAAAACUAGUCAUAGAAUUUUCUCGUAAAAUUAUGUUAUAUGUAGAGAUAUAGAGAUCAGCAAAAGAUUUAUUGUUGUUAAUAAAAGGAAUUUCUAAGGGAAGUAGAAUACAAAAGCUUAAUGUUUCUCAGCUUGGAGCCUUACUUUUUAUCAUGAGAACACAAUGCUUGAACGCUGGUUAUGUUUAGAAAUUGUAUUUAUUGUAAUGUCUCAAUUUUAGAAUUUUUAAGUAAAAAAAAAUUCUUUUCUACAUGAAUGACAUUAUGUUAUAAUUAAAGCCACCAUCAAUUUAUUUAUAGACAAUAUCAUAGUCCCAUUGUAUGAUUUAGAAAAUUCAAAAUUAUUAUAAAAAUGUGUUACUAGUAUAUGGUUAUAAGUCAUAAACAAUAUUUAAUUACUAAUAUACUUGUAAAUAAGUCAUUUUCAACUUCGUUUUUAUAAAUCAGAAUCUAAAUAGCUUCCAAAGACGACUUCAUGAUUAGCAUUUGUUAUUUUUUAUUUAUUUUCACAUUGUCGUAAAUAUGCCCUUGUUUAUAGUCAAAUUUCAAUAGCACCGACCGUUAUGGCGUACCCACAAAAGCAUAUCAGUGUAGUCACAGAAUAUCAAAUUACCGUAAUAAGUAUUGACCUUAAUUACUACUAGUAUGAAUUAACAUGAUCUAUUUGUCGUCGAACGAAAAUUUGGAAAAUUUCGAAUGGUUCUUGAUCUUCCUCCGUUCCAAUAUAAAUUAUCGGAAAUUAUGUUUCUUUGGAGUUUUAUUAGUAUUUCGAAAAUUGAUGAAUUUUCGUUUUCGGAGAAAUAGAAUAUGCCGUGAGAUGUCAUGUUAAUUCAUACGAGUAGUAACAACAAAUUAAGGUCUCGAAACGAUUGGAGAUUUUAAUCGAUUCUUUGUAAGCUAUUCGAUAGUUUUUUUUAUAAAACAUAUAAAGAUAUCGUCUUUAUAAAAUAUACUUUUUUGUUUUUAGAAUACCGAUGCAAGCGUUUGUGCGGCAUAAUGCGUUCUUUAAUCGAUAAUGUGCGAAAGAUCCCCAACCAAUGUGUCAAUCUUUCAUAUCGCCAAUCUUUAAUCAAAGACUUCUGUGUACAUAGAAGUAUUUCUUUAUAAUAGAUUAUGAUUAACUGAUCUAUAGCAUAAUUAUGGACAUGCCUAAUCACAUCUAUUUGCACUCUUUAGUAAUUUAAUGUUCAUACUAUUCUAUAAUAAAGCGAUAAGAGUGCGCUUGGGACCUUGCUCUAGAAUUCGACUAUUAAUCUAUGACUUGAGUUUUAUUUUUCAGUUUAUGUUUAUACUUAAAAAUAGAAGUUUAGUCAGAAGCGUGGCUUAUUUUAUUUGGAUUUUUAACACUGACUUGAAAAAUUAAUUUAUUGGUUUUAAACCAUAGCGAGGCUCCCAUUUGCGCGGGGCCCGUAGCGUUUGCUACUUUUGCUACACUGCAUCGAGACGAGAGAUAUAUUGUAAUAUACGCGCGCCUACAGUCGUAGACAAAUGUCUUAAAUUUUUGUUCCAUUUUAUCUUAUAUUUUUAUCACAUUGUUUCAAUAGCAAUAGAAUUUUGCUUUAUAAUUUGUCUUUUCCUAAUUUCUAGAAAUUUAACACCAUUUUUUUGCUAGUUCAAAUUUAUUUAAGUUUCGCACAAGCAUAGAUAAUAAACAGACAAUAUAUUAUUAAUGUUUUUGGGAAACUUAUACAAUUGCUCCAUGGUAAAAAUAUACUUAUGAUUUAAAAAAUCUUUGCUUGGUAUAACCAUGAUAGCCAAAUCAGGAAGCUUCCAAUAUAAAGUUAUUAUCUACCUGUGAAGACAAAUAAUUACCUGGGAAUUUUAUGUAUUACCUACUUGAUUGAUGUACUUACUCUGUUAAGUCAUUUUUUCAUCACUUUGGUCAUUAUAUUUUGAUGUAAACUGCAUUUAAUUAUAAUCAUCUUGUUGUUUUCGCUAUAAUAGAGCUUACAUUGUAUUUAAUGGUAUAAAGUUAUUUAUAUGGAUACUAACAAUAAUGUGCUAAGCAAUAUAUUGUAUAGUUGAUUUCCACCACACAUUGGCCUUAUUCGAAAUUAAGUUGUUGCAUUUUAUAUAAAAUGUACUAAUAUAAAGCGGCUUUUCUCCUAAAAUGUAUGUGUAAAUAGUAAUAAAUUAUAUCCUGAAAGAGAAAAGUUUUUUUAGCUCAUAUUUUGACGAUAUUUCGCUUCAUUUGACUACUUUGACAUGCCUUUUGGUGGUAAAAUGACUAAGUUGAAAACGUCAUCCAAAGAGGCCCGGUCAGCCACGACUUC